AGGUGCACCCAAAAUGAUCUAGACAACACUAUUAUAGUAAAUUUUUUUUUUUUUUUUUUUUAAAUAGAACCCAUGCCUCUUGCUUAUGUUGCCUUUAAAAGGGGGAUGCCAGACACAACUGAUUGCUUAAACUACUAGCUAGAGCAACCAUGGAUGUUGAGAAGGUCUUCCACAUGACUGGAGGAGUUGGAGAAACUAGCUAUUCCAGAAAUUCUUCACUUCAGAAGAAGGCAUCUGAUAUGGUGAAGCAUGUAAUCCUAGAGACAGUAGAAGAAGUGUGUCUCACAACAAUGCCUAAAAGCAUAGGCAUAGCAGACUUAGGUUGUUCCUCAGGACCAAACACCUUGUCAAACAUUAAAGAAAUAAUUGAAACUGUCCAUAGGAUAAGCGGGACCAACAAGAUCUUCCCACAAACACCGGCCGAAUUUCGAGUUUUCCUAAAUGAUCUUCCUAGCAAUGACUUCAACGCCAUCUUUCAGGCCUUACCUGAAUUUCAUCACCAGUUAAAGUCAGGUCCUUCAAAUAUAGAUAUAGCUGCUUAUCCUGGCUCAUUUUAUGGAAGACUUUUCCCUGAUAAUUGCUUGCACUUUAUCUAUUCCUCUUAUAGCUUGCACUGGCUAUCAAGGAUUCCUCAAGGAAUUUAUGAUGAUGGAAAGUCCAUGAACAAAGGCAACAUAUACAUAUCUGAGAAAAGCCCUCCUCUGGUUUCCAAAGCUUAUUUUGAACAAUUCCAGGAGGAUUUUUCAUUGUUCCUCUGUUCACGGUCAGAGGAGCUUGUUAGUGGAGGAAAAAUGGUGCUGAUUCUAUUGGGAAGAGAAGGUCUUCAUCAUGCUGAUAGAGGAAAUGCUUUCUUCUGGAAUAUCCUCUCUAUGUCAUUAACAAAUUUAAUUAAUAAGGGACAAGUGGACAAGGAAAAGCUUGACUCCUACGAAGUACAUUUUUAUGCACCAUGUAAGGAAGAAAUAGUAGACAUGGUAAACAGAGAAGGGUAUUUUGAAGUGGACCGACUUGAAAUGUUUGAGGUAGAGAAGAAUAUUGUUGGGAAUGGAAUGAGCUAUGGCACAAUGGUGGCUAUGACAGUUAGGGCAAUUCAAGAAUCAAUGAUAGCUCACCAUUUUGGAGAAUCUAUCAUAGACAGUUUGUUUAAAGAGUACGGAAGAUUGGUGGAUGAAGAGAUGGCAAAGGAGGAAAUUAGGCCUAUCACGUUCCUCCUCGUUCUUAGGAAACUAUGAUUUAGAAUAUAGAUGAAUUUAGGAUAUUCAAUAUCAAGUCAGUAGGUUCAGAAUGAGUGUGAUAAUAUCAUAUGUAUAUAUUUUAAUUUUUAAGUAUAUAUGAAUACAUAAACUAAGCCGAAAGCAAUGAAUUCAGCGAAUC